AUGCCUAUAUCUGCCAACCAUGGACAUCUGGACAUCCAUCCCGAGCUAGUUGCUGGUGCUCCCAGUUUUGUAUAAUCCUCCCCUCAAAUCAAGCUUUGUCCCCUCCCUCAAGCCACAUACUUGAAGUGACGUCAAGAGCCGGGGGACUGGGCAGGACAAGGAGCUAUAUAAACGACGAUGCGACAUGCUAUGGUAUGGUCGCUCAAACAGCCGCAAUUCAAUUGAGCUUCAUACAAUUUAGACGGAAUGGCACCCCCCGAGUAUAUCACAAAUCCCGAGUACUCCUCGAAGAUUCUUGUGCGCGGGGACCCCGAGUACGAACGAUGUCGCGAGAUGAAUCCGUCCGCGGCCGGCCCUCGAUAUCCUCGUGAAAUUCACCUAGUCGAGAGCGUGGCUGACGUGAAGAACGCUCUAAACCGAGUAACCGAGCUGGGCACGACCGUGAGCAUACGCUCGUCCGGUCAUGCCGCGCAAUCGCCCUACCUCGUGCAAGACGGAAUCUUGAUUGAUACCAACAAGCUGAAUCGUCACGUGGACUACGACGAGGAGAUGGCUCAAAUAUCCUUUGGGCCGUCCUGCCGCAUUGGAGAGGUAUCCCAGAAACUGAGUGAGGUUGGUCGCUUCUUCCCCAUCGGUCAUGCCCCCACCGUCGCCAUGGCCGGUUACCUUCUCGCGGGCGGACAGGGGUUCUUCAUGCGCAGAUACGGUGCCGCGGUAUCCUUCGUUACCCGAAUGGAGAUUGUUCUACCCAAUGGCGACGUGGUCCUCGCCGAUCGUAACAAUCACUCCGAUCUUUUCUGGGCCGCGCGUGGUAGUGGCUUGGGCUUCUUCGGCGUGGUGACGCGAUUCUGGGCCAGGACUAUGCCCGCCUCGACCCCGUGGCAGCGAAUCGUGCAAUUUGAGAUCAACAGCGACAACUACGAGAAGCUGAUGACCUGGGCGAUCGAACGCGGCCGCGAGACGCCCAAGCAGGACACGGAUUUGAACAUGACUAUCACGUACGCACAGGCCGACCCCACCGCCACUGGGGAUGAGGUGCCCCCGGGAGCAAAGCUGCACCUGACUUUGCUGUUAUUAUGCUAUGCCGAAACAGAAGAGGAGGCCAAGGGUAUGUUGAGCGCUUACGACCAGGUGGACGAGGUGCGCGAUUUCCUCCUCGAUAAGCAAUCUGUCCAGAAAGGCACAUUCGAGGAGAUCCUGGCCGCGGCCGAAGCAGGUCCUGGGCCAGGCACACGGGUCCACAACAACAGUAUCUUAAGCGACCCUGGUUGCUCACUGCCUCGGUUGUUGGAAACGAUGAAGCCAGCCUUGCUCGAACUGCCGACCCGGCAGUCGAACGUUUAUAUCUACCACUGCGACCAGCGCCCCGACGAAAAUGAAAUGGUGAUGAGCUUGCCCCAGGAUCUGUACUUCAUGACAGCCACCAUCUGGACGGACCCAGAGCGGGAAUCGGACCUCCGCCAACACAUGCGAGAUCGGUAUACACGUGCCCUGUCCGUCGCGAUUGGCAUGUUCGUCGUGGAUCUGGACCCCAAUUGGGAGGACGUCAAUACACGAGUGAUUACCGACACCGCGCUUCAGCGAUUCCUGCAAGUCCGGGAGAAGUAUGAUCCCCAGGGCUUGUUUCCGAACUACAAGGCGUUUGUGCGGGCCGACCAGAACGCGCGGGGUGUCACUGGGGCUGUAUGAGAGGGUGGGAGCGCAGGGUCAAUUAACGAAUCUCUUUCUCAAUGACUUUUGAUGACUUGCACGUUUAGCGAUGUAUCAGACUGUGAUCGUGAGGGUAUGUCCUCGUGUUUGCUUGUGGGCUUGGCCAUGGAUAGGUUCUGAAAUGCUAUGGAAGAUCUUUCAAGUCAGCUGAUGUGAGCAGAGGAUUUGCAGUAAGCAAGGAAUGUUCGAUAACACUCAGCCGAUUCUUUGAGCUGAGACCACAGGACUUUUAAGGGUGAUCUUAGGUGGCAAGAAAUCACGAGAUCUUUUCGAUUAGGGCGUGAUAUGUACAAUUCCCGUCCUUCUAUGCGAUCGCAAUCUAUAUUCUAAGCCGAACUAGAAAACGCAUGGCAGAAGCAAGUGGACACACUAGAGUCAUAGACCUCCGAU